AUGCCUCGGGAGAGUCUGAUGCGAGCCAUCGAGGAGUCCCUGUGUUUGGAAAACGGCAGUCUGCUCCUUUUCAGUCCUGUCCAGCAACAGCAGCAGCAGUUGGAGUCGAUUGUGGGCACGGCCUAUGCGGUGACUGUUGGGGAGACAAUUGCGGUCUGGAACACAACGCUAAAACUUACUGACCAAUGUCCGUGUGAUAUCCUCACAGCAGCAGCAGCAGCAGCAGCAACAACAACCACAGUAUGUGCGAUGCUUUCAACUUCUCCCAACCGUCCGGUAGUUGGAGCCACCGAAAUGGGGGGCUUGGCGGACUUUCAUAUUGUCAAAUUAACCGAUGUGCAGCAGGUGAUAAAAGGCAAUGUCGGUCAGAGUUUGUCCGAAACGGAACUGAACCACUGUGCCGGAUGGCGAGGACUGCGAAGGCUUCUGCGUAAGUGGUCUUCUGUGUACAGCUGA